GGCGGGCGGCGAAGCGGCUGGGGCAGAGGUUGGCGUGCCGCACUUCUGGAUGCAGUGCAUGCUUCACCACGAGGCCCUGCACGAUGUCAUUUGCGAGCCAGACCUGGAGGCGCUGUACUACCUGUCGGACGUACGCUGCGUGGACAAGGACAACCUCCUCGGGUUCACCCUCGAGUUCCACUUCGACGAUAACCCGUACUUCACGAACGCGGUGCUCACCAAGCGAUACGACACUGCCAACAUCAUGGACCAGGGAGAACCCCUUCUGGAAGGAGUCGAGGGAACGCCGAUCGAUUGGAAAUCCGGGCGAAACCUGUGCGAGAAGACCAUCAGGAGGAAGAUCAAGAGAGGGGGCUCCAGGAGCGGAGAGACGAGAACCAUCACCAAGGUGGAGAAGACGGAAAGCUUCUUCAAGUUCUUCCAAAACCCGGUCAUGUACGAAGACGAGGAUGAUGAAGAGGACGAGGAUGAGUACAACUUCAGUUUCGAGAUGGACUACGAAGUGGCGCGGAUCUUCAGGAACCACCUGAUCCCAAACGCCGUGCUCUGGUUCACGGGAGAGGCGGUUAGCGACGAGGAGGACGACGAGGAGACCGACGAGGAAGAGGGUUUGGAUGACACGGAGGGGCCUUCUGAUGACGACAGGGAGGGGGGAACGCUGGUUGGAGGCGACGAGGCAGCAGGCGAUGGAGAGGGCGUAGAAGGUUCCGUGAAGAAAUUGAGUUUCCAGGCGUCUACGGGAUUCGAGGCUCCCACCAGCGGCAGCGGUCCUGCGGACGGGAAGGAAUGCAAGCAGAGCUGAGGCUGGUCCAUCUGCGGUCACCCUCCUUCCGGUUCUCUUUCUGGACUUCUCUCACCUGCUCUCUCAUUUGUUGAUGCGCUUUUCGCCUUUGUUUUCGUUCUUGUUGCCUGUGAGAACGAGUAAGAUUUUUGGUCCUUGUCUGUGGUGCUACGCAUGUGGGGGUGGGAGGUGAAGGAUAGCCGCUCCAUGGUGGAGGGAUUGGAGUUGUUCUCGGGGCGGGUUGUUGUCCUAAGUGUUGUUUUUUUUCUUGUCCUAGUCGAGGCUUGUUUUGGUGGACAUGCAAGGUUUCCACGUUUUUCUUUCGAUCACAUGAGUGCAGGAGAGGUCCCUGUUUAGUGCCGGGGUGUGCGCAAAAGUUGCACCGGCACUAUACCGGGCACCGGCACUAUUCAAGUACAGAACGGCUUGAUAUUCCAGUGUGUGCGAGCCGAAAACACCGGCACUAUACCCGCAACCGGCACUUUUCAACCGGCACUAAAUAGGGACCUCUACUGUAUAUUAAACACAACGAUCGAUGACUGCGUAUUAUGACGGCAAAAGCAGGCACGCGCAAAUUGCUGCCUUGAUUCUGGAGAAGUGGUUGAUUUUGGACAAAUGGCGUUUUUUCUUCUCCGCCUCCUCUUUUUUGUGGCUUCUCGAGGGUUUUUGCCGCACUGGGGGGAGAGGGAGCGAUCAGAAGCGAGUGAUGGCGCUUACGUAGCUCCUUCUCCUCCUACAGCAGUAUCAGCCCGCUCCUCGCGGGACGAUGUAACGAGGACAACAGAUGCUUGACGAGAGGCGAGAGGGCUGUAAAUUCGACAGACACAGAGGAAGGUUACCGUCUCCGUCGCUGCUUCUUCCUUACGUACGUCCUGGCGGGGGUGUACGAUCUUUUGUUCCACACAACAGGCGUGAGUUGACGUUUGUCUUUUUCGCCUGUAGGCACCGGAAGGGUUGCGAUUGACCCGUAUCCGUGGCGUGACCUACAUAUUUCCUAAUCCCGCUACUUCCUGAAGCCGAAGUUGUCCCCCCCCCCCUCCCCCCCCCCAUUCGGUGAAACAUUCCGCCCUGCGAGGAUUGAUUCAAGGCGCGGGGGCGGGUGGGCACGCGCCUGCUUGGGGAGUAGGGGGUUUCCAUAUUUUCUUGUGGCGGAGGGGGUGGGUGUUGAGUUCAAACAGCGUGCCGCUUGUUGUUGAAGUACUUGUUGACUUUGAGUAUUAUAGUCGUGUGUAUUGAACGCGUGAUGACCUCGGAAGAAACGGUGUAGGACGGGUGCAUGAGUUUUUGGUGGUUGAAUAUCUCGGAUUUUGAGAAAUCGACGAGUGGGGUCGAGAGCGCGACUGACAAUCAUCGGAGAUGCGGGGGGUGUUCGGUGUUUUUUUUUUUUUUGACAGCUCGCUUCAAGAAAAGCGAGCUAAACUCACGCGGUGAAGUCCCGUCAGAAUCGCUCUCCGGAUGGAUACGUUGUGGGGUAUAGGCUUACCCUUGUCCCCGUUUGUCAGUUUUGGUUGGGCGAUUCCAUGGAAGAAACGCCGUUUUAGAUGGGUUUUGUAGGGCCCGUGGUGUUCGGCGGACGGGUUUCUCGCGCUGAGUGUUUGCGCCACGGAUGGAAAAACCUUUCCUGUUCUGUUCGUCUCUUGUUGGGGCUUGCGAGUGUGCUUGAGAAGCGGCGGAACAAGUAAUAAGGCCUCAGCAACAACGGGGGUGCGGUUGAAGCUUGUAAUGCUGCAAGGCAACAGUCCAUCCGUUGGACGAGUUGAGUGGUGCGGAGGCGUUAGUGCAAAAACGGUCGAGGUAUUGUAGCCCGCGCGGAACAGGUAGAAAUAAGGAGGAGGACGAGGACGAGGAGGAUGAUGCGAUCUUCAUGAGGCGUCCGCGUGCGAGUAUAGGAGUACAGCAGCAGAGGCCCCUGUUUAGUGCCGGUAUGUGCUCAGAAACUUCACCGUCGCUAUUCGAAGUUUUGAGAAUGGGCUUUGGAAAGUCAGUGUGUGCCCGCCGAAAAACACCGGCAUUAUUCCGGCAACCGUCACUAGAUGGGGACCUACGCCUUUUAGAGCUCGAAUCCCCGCUCCCUUCCGCGGUGCUUGCUUGCUGGGUCGCUUUGCUCGUCUCUGCGAGGAGACAAUAGCCGAUUGAAUAAAUCGUUGGAGCGUGCUUAGGCGUAAUAAUGACAAGAGGAUACCCGGCGCCCCCCCCUCCCCCCCCACCUAAUGAUGUAUGUAUGCGUGUACCGUUCUGUUUUGUUGCCGACUUGGAUGCGCGGGCGCGGGCGAGGGGAGGAUAUGUGUGCACGAAAAGGGGGGUGAAUGAGGGUGUUCGUGAUGGUUUUUAGGGACGUAUUUGGUGUGGCAAUUGGUAGGGGGGAGUGUGGUGAGCGAAGGGUCUUCUUUCUUGUUUGGUCGAUUCGGCGGGAAAACUAAGAAAAAGAAAGUGACGCUUCGGUGCGACAUCCUCUGCAUACGACAUUCUAUGCAUGAGCAUCUGGCCCUCUCUGUUUUCUCCUCCCUUCUCGCUGUCGGCGGUUUGGUUGGUGCGUGCGACAGGAAAUAAAAAAAA